AGAGAGCUGCAGGAGGCAUCACAAGCAGAGCUUUGAUGCUGCAGAUCAGAGAUGGACCUUGGUGAAAACUGGAAGCUGGAUGAAACCAACUGGUUGUCUCGUGGUGGGAUCCAUCCCUUUGCCAGUGUGAAAGGAGACAAUGACAUUUCUGAAGGAGCACCAGCCCUGUUUGCUCGGGAUCAGCUGGGCUCCACAGCUAUUUGUUACAAGCCUACCACCCCAGGCCAGCUACUGGAAGACGCUGGCUUUCUUUACCAGGACCACCAGUUGUUUGCUGGCAGGCAUGAAGUUUCUCCGCUAACAGCUGAAGCCAUCAGUGCUAAAGAAAAAGCUGCCGAGGAAGCCCUCUGCACCUUGCACCCUCCAAACUUCCUCCGGAGCUCAGAGGUGGAGAUGCGAGGCUCGGAGGAGGUGGCAGCCGGCACGGUCCUGCAGCGCCUGAUCCAGGAGCAGCUGAGGUAUGGCAACCCCAGCGAGAACAUGAACCUGCUGGCCAUACAGCACCAAGCGACGGGCAGCGCCGGCCCCUCCAACAGCACUGCCAGCACUCUCUCUUCCACAGAAAACCUCGCGCCAGAGGACCCACAAAUGGUCCAGCCGUCGGCGCGGCAGGAACCGCAGGGGCAGGAGCACCAGGGGGACGGUGCUGCGAUGGAGAAGCAGCCCCGGGCCGCGCAGCCCCCGCACAGCAGCGAAGAGCUCCCCACCUACGAGGAAGCCAAGGCCCAGUCCCAGUUUUUCCGGGGACAGCCGCCAACAGGGCCGGGAUUUUAUGUCGCUGGCACCUCUGGCCAGAAGUCCAGGACAGAGGGGAGGCCGACGGUGAGCCGGGCCGGCAGCGGGCAGGCGCAUAAGGACGAUGCACUGAAGGAGCUGAAGCAGGGCCACGUGCGCUCGCUGAGCGAGAGGAUCAUGCAGCUCUCGCUGGAGAGGAACGGGGCCAAGCAGCACCCACCCGCCCCAGCAGGCAGCAAAGGGCUGAAGGCAGCCCCAGCACCCAGCAAAGGCAUGGACCCGCGGGGCCCGCCGCCCGAGUACCCCUACAAAGCCAAGGCAGCGGCGGUGGCGGCGUCCCCUGGCAGCAAGGUGCCCGAGCACGGGCUCUUCUAUGGUGAGCAGCACCCAGCAGGAGCGCAGGACGUCCUCAAGGCUUCCUAUGUGGCCCCCCAGCCUGCCAGGACAGAGGUGGCGGUUGUCCGGUACCAGCCGCCCCCAGAGUAUGGGGUGACCAGCCGACAAUGCCAGCCGCCCUUCCCAGCGCCGCCGCCAGCCCAGCAGCACAGCCCCAUGUCCUCGCAGGCCUCCUCCGCCGCCGGCCCUUUGCUCCCGGGCUCCCUGGGAGCUCCUGCCCAGCCGCCCGCGCCACCGGGCCCGCAGCUGACACCCGACGCCUUCGCCAUCGUGGAGCGGGCACAGCAGAUGGUGGAGAUGCUCUCCGAGGAGAACCACGUGCUGCGGCAGGAGUUGGAGGGGUACUACGAGAAGGCAGACAAGCUGCAGAAGUUUGAAAUAGAGAUUCAGAGGAUUUCAGAAGCUUAUGAGGGCCUGGUCAAGACCACCACUAAAAGGGAGUCUCUGGACAAAGCGAUGAGAAACAAACUGGAAGGAGAAAUUAGGAGACUUCACGAUUUCAACAGGGAUCUCCGUGAACGACUGGAGACGGCCAACAGGCAGCUAGCCAGCAGAGACUUCGAUGGGCACGAGGAUAAGUCCACAGAGGGCCUUUAUGUCACUCAGAACAAGGAGCACUUGAAGGAGAAGGAGAAGCUGGAGAUGGAGCUGGCAGCCAUGCGCUCCACCAACGAGGAUCAGCGGAGGCACAUUGAAAUCCUCGACCAGGCCCUGAACAAUGCUCAAGCCAAGGUCAUCAAACUGGAAGAGGAGCUGCGCAGGAAGCAGGCCUACGUGGAGAAGGUGGAGAAGCUGCAGCAGGCUCUGACGCAGCUGCAGGCGGCCUGCGAGAAGAGGGAGCAGAUGGAGCGGCGGCUGCGCACGCGCCUGGAGCGGGAGCUGGACUCGCUGCGGAUGCAGCAGAGGCAGGGAAGCUACCAGACAAACAGCCUCCCGGAGCACAACGCCCCGGCGCUGAUGGAGCUGGUGCGGGAGAAGGAGGAGCGGAUCCUGGCUCUGGAAGCCGACAUGACCAAGUGGGAGCAGAAGUACCUGGAGGAGAGCACCAUCAGGCACUUCGCCAUGAACGCCGCAGCCACGGCUGCGACAGAGAGGGACGCCUCGGCCCCGAGCCACUCGCGCAACGGCAGCUACGGUGAGAGCGCGCUGGAGGUGCGGGGCUGGCAGGAGGAGGAGGAGAUCGUGCAGGCCAACCGGCGGUGCCAGGACAUGGAGUACACAAUAAAGAAUCUCCACGCAAAAAUAAUCGAGAAGGAUGCCAUGAUCAAGGUCCUUCAGCAACGCUCACGGAAAGAUCCUGGAAAAGUUGACAGCGCCAGCCUGCGACCUGCUCGGUCUGUCCCCUCCAUCGCUGCUGCUGCAGGCACACAUUCACGGCAGACCUCGCUCACCAGCAACCAGAUAGCUGAGGAGAAGAAGGAGGAGAAGAUCUGGAAGGGAAGCAUAGGGCUGCUCCUGGGGAAGGAGCACCACGACCACCCGUCGGGCCCCUCGCUGCCUCCUCCGCUGCCCUCCUUGUCGUGCACGCCGGUUCCAGCAGCCUCCCACGCGAAGACAGGCAGCAAAGACAACAGCACCCAGACGGACAAAAGCGCCGAGCUCUUCUGGCCCGCCGCCGCCUCCUUCCCUGGCCGUGGCCGGCUGGGCACCACCCCGUCGCACAGCCCCGCUCCGCGGCCCCCGGGGGCACGGCCAGCGGGCGAGAAACUGGAGAACUCCAGCCAUGGGAAGCCUCCCGACAGCAAAGGCAGGGUGAGCAGCUUGCUCCACAAGCCCGAGUUUCCAGAUGCAGACAUGAUGGAAGUCCUCAUCUGAGCAGAGGAUGGCAUCUCUGGGGUUUCAUGGGCAUACUUCCAGGCCUGAGGACGUCGUUCGUGUGCCAAUCUUAAAAAAUAACUGAGAAUUUGAAGAAGGAUGGAGAAGGUUUGUGCCUGAAAUGAAACCUGAGUCUGCUACGUUGAGACUUUGGACUGGGCAAGAAGUAAAGAGCACUGAAGAGGAGAGAUAAAAUGAAUGUCUGGGACUUUCUGAGCAGAAAGGGACAUUGAAAACUGAAGGUGGCUUGAGAAGGUGAUCAUCGAGGAAAGAGGAAACUGCAUUUUCUGGUGUAAAGAGAAGGGAGCUAAGUUACAGACUGGGUGCACAAGGCGGUUCUGGUUUACUGCCUCUGCAACCAGGACAGGAGCAAAAUCUUGGCUCUUCUGGGGCCAUACGAGUUUCUGAAAAUAACAGGAGAAACUUGCAUCUUCCUCAGUAUUGAUUCAUUUCUUAAAAGUAUUCACUGCUGAGUUUUAGUGAAGCGUUGGUCUGUAGAUGUACACGGCAGGUUCUUGUAAGUAUUCGUUUGAAGUGGUGUGGUGUGGUUUUCCUGGACAUGUAGGUCAGGUGCCUCACUCCUGGCUGGACAAAUGUUACUCUUGGAGCUGCAUUGCAGUGCAAAUAUUCGGGUCUUGCAAACUCAGAGCUUGCUAAGGCUUCUUUUUUUGGUAGGAGCAGUUGUUUGCUGGAAUUUCCAUGGAGGAUGAAGGCGGGGGAGGACAGGAGCUCCUUCAGCAGGGGCUGAAGCAAUCCCUUCUGUAACACUGGGGACCAUCACCUUUUUUGUGGGCUGACUUGCAGUCUCUUUUCACCUUGUUUCACCCAAGACAAUUACUCCUUUUCAGCUCAGUCCCUGAUUUCUGUAAGAGAUGGCAACUGUCUGUAAGACAGCCAGCUCACCGGCAGCGUUACGUACACAUUUUGCUUCCUGUAUUGCAAAUGCUGAUAGGGAAAUUUUCCUCUUUGAGGUAUUUUUAUGUUGGAUUUUGUCUUCCUCAAUCUUCUAAUGACAUUAGGAAGAAUUUGGCUUUGGGAAAAGGGUGAUGGGAUUUUGCGUGACGCUGCCUGAAGUGGAAAAGCGAUGGGUGCUCAUGUGGCUGGAAGGAACCGUGUGCUCAGGACUGGCUGGAGGUCAUCCCUUCCUGUAGGCAUCCAAGUGGAGUUCUUGAUUGUGAACACACCAGGCACAUUAAACGCUGCUUGUGCUGAAAACUGAAGUCCUUGCAAGCUCAAAGCCUGCAGGUGCUAGAGCCCUGCGCUCAGUGCUGCGUGGCUGAGAGAGACCAUUAUUUAACAACAAAAUCUCUGUGCUAAAUCUAUGCACUUACUCGUGUGUGUACCUAGAAUUAGACGUACGUCGGUGUCGCUGAGUUUUGCACUUGUUAGCUGCAGUAGUGCUAAGUAGGCUGUGUAGUCAAGAGAAUCGUGUGUUCCGAGUAUUACCAGCUUUGCAAAACCAAAUGUGUAAAACCCUUUGAAGAUGUUGCGCUGCUUAAUAUAUGCCUUGUAAAAUAACUUUUUUUUUUUUUUUCUUGAAAGUUAAUUUAAAUGUUGUGUUUGCAUAAAAGCCGGGCCUGUGUGUGGCAGUGGCUGCCUGCAGGCUUCAGCACCCCCCGAUCCACCGCGAUCACCCUCCCGCAAGGGAGCCAGCACCAGGAGCUGACAGAGCAAAGGAAUAUAAGCUAAACAGCAGUGAGUAUUUCCCCAUCUUUCUCUGAGAAAUAAGGAUACCCAGCUGCUUGGAAGUCCCUCAGCGUUGUAUGACUGGCUGUAUUAUUUCUUUUGAUGACACUAUUUAAUGAUUCCUGCACAGGCGGACAGCAAGGUGUCCGGCAGGAGCAGCGCUGGAGCAGUGUGCACGAUGUAUUUCAUAGUGGUGCUGGUCUGCUUCUCAAAGUCAGCUAGAAUAUCACACUCCUCCUCCUCCUCCUCGUGGAGACAACAGGCCCUCCAGUUCUGGGUGUCCAAAGGUGCGUUUACAACUGGUGCUGCCCCAGCUUUGUGUUCACGUAUGGAAAACCAUUUGUUACAAACACAGUGCGGGCAAAUUAUACUUUCAGAUUCACAGCUCAGAUCAACGUAUAGGUUCAUUCUCCUCAAUUUAACUGACCUCAGGAGAUUUCAGCUUUUCUGGAGCGAAGGUCUGAAGGCGCAGGGGUCUCCCCCGCAGCCCGAGCACUAGCAGGACUUGCAUGGAGUACUACUGCCACAAAGCAGCCCCUCUCAGCAGAGCGGUGCAGCCCCAUUUGUACUGGUUUUCCCAGCUCUUUGAACUGUAUGGUGUUUUGAGAAACUGUGCUGUAGCCGUUCCAGGUGACGUUGGUAACUAGUUGUAAAAUACUGUCAUUUUUUAUUGUCGUCGGUUGUAUAGAGAAGUUGGUGUACAGUGUUGUACAGCUGGAGGGUUAUUUGUACAUAGGUGGGUAAACGAAGAACGUUAUGUGUCACCCACAGCAAAUAUUGAUAUUGUUGGUCAGCCAAAGAUUUCUUAUUCUUUGCUGUUGAAACUUGUGCCUUAAUAUUGUAUAUAAUAAAUGUAUAAACACGUUUCUUUC